AUGCUGAUCUCUACGAGGGAUGCUUUCGAGAAGCGCCACAUCACCCGCAGCGAUGGCGUAGAGGUGUUGCCUCGUGAAAUGAUCACAGUGGCCGCUCUCGAGGCUGGCUACUGCCUGGCGUCACCCACGGUUGGCGAGGCGGUGGGCAAGACCACGUAUCCUGGCCAGAUGACUGCCUACGAAUUCGCCGAGCUCUGCGAAGAUAACAGGUCAUCGUUCAUGUCGGCUGAGGACAUGGCGAAAUGUGUUGUUGUGGUGGCCCCGGCGCAUGUUAUCACACGCAGGUCGCUGGAAGAAAUCAUGGCCAAGGGCAGCUCCAAGAACGAUGCCCUGUCCGACGAGGAGGUGGACGCUCUCUUUAGCAUCCUAGACGCUGAAAACAAGGGUGCUAUCACUGACAAAGACUUCAUGCGUGCUCUUUACGGUAACCUGGGUCUGCGCUGCCUUUCAGCGCGCCGCAAGCUGGACGCAUUCGAGGCUAAGCGUCGCCAGCAGGAGGCCCUCGACCGGGCGAGAGCGGAGGAGGAGAGGAUGAAGGAGGAGGGAAAGGCCGCUGCACAAAAGGGCGGCCCCACAGCCCUGUCGAAGGAAAAGAAGAAGAAGGCUGCUGCAUGCUGCUAA